GCAGAUGCCGAUGAUCAAACAUCAGCACGGAUCAACCGAGGCUCUUUUGAAAAUCCUGCAGCACGUCUUCGGCCGCGGUUCCGAUACUGGCUUCCCGAUGCCAGCGUCGACGCGAAGACGGUUCAAGAUAAUAUCAAGUCUGCUGGUGCAAUUGGUGCAGGCGGUGUCGAGUUUCUUCCCUUCUAUAACUAUGGGGCUCAGUUAAGCCCAGCUCCAAAGGGGUCCGACUGGAGCAAGUAUGGAUUUGGGACGCCGGCAUUCAAAAAGCUCUUCUUAGCUGCGUUGCAAGCCCAUAAAGAGGCGGGCCUGGCCAUGGACUUUGCAUUGGGUCCAAAUCAGGGCCAGGGAGUGCCGGCGGAUCCCACUGACGAGGGAUUGCAAUGGGAUUUGGAGCCUUUCUCUGUCGUUGUACCUCACAAUGGUCGCUUCAGUGGCAAGAUACCAGGUUGGGGAUCCGGCCAACUGGUGGCCUUGGUGUCAGCCGAGGUGCUCUCAUCAAAGAACAUCAGCAUGGAUACUGCUGGGACUGCUAGCUUCCUGGGAACACCUCAGUCUUAUUACAUCCAAAUGGUCCUCAGGAACGGCUCAUUGAACGAUUGGUCUGACAUGGUUUCUUCCACCGGCCAAGUCUCUCUCAACAUUGGCACGACCAAGUCUUCGACUUAUCGCUUGUUUGCAUUCUACCAAUUCUUGUCACACAAUAAGAAUCUGGAUUUCGCUGCCUCGCCAUCUAAGACCAUUUGGGAUAAUGGCUCGUAUAUUGUGGAUCACUACAGUGCGCGAGGCGCUCAAACCACGACUAAGUUUUGGGAGAAACAUCUCCUGACAGAAGAAGUUAAGGAGCUUCUGAUGAGUGUCGGUCACUAUGGCUGGGAAGAUAGUAUUGAAAUUAAAUCGAACAUUUCGUGGACUCCAAGGCUUCCGGAGCUCUUCAGAUCCAUACAUGGAUACGACCUGAAACCAUUCCUGCCACUCAUUAUGUACAACGACAACAAUAUUAACAUUCAAAGCACGCAACCAGGCACCAUUCAGUGUCUUCUCAACACGCCGGAUCAGGGUCUCGGCUAUGUUCACGAUUUCCGUGGUGCGCUGGUUGAGGGAUAUCGCAGCUACCUCAAAGAACUGACGAGCUGGAUCAAUACAAAGCUCAAUCUGCAAACGUCGGCUCAAGUUUCAUAUAACCUUCCAAUGGAUAUGGAAGCCAACAUCCCCUACGUUAAUACCCCUGAAUGUGAGAGUCUGCAGUUCGGCGACAAUAUCGAUGGCUACAGACAAUUUGCUGGGCCCGCUAAUUUGGCUGGAAAGCGGGUCAUUUCAAACGAGAUGGGCGCUGUGAUGCUCGGAGCAUAUAGCCUCCAGCAUAGCGAGCUGCUAUCAUUCAUCAACCGGGCGGUGGCCGGUGGUGUCAACCAGGUGGUGCUCCAUGGGCAGUCGUAUACGGGUAACUACUAUGAGACUACAUGGCCUGGCUAUACGGCAUUUUCGUAUCUCUUCUCAGAACUCUAUUCGGAGAAACAGCCUUCCUGGAACCACGGAUUUGAAGAUGUUCUCAACUACGUUGCCCGAGUGCAGUAUCUCCAGCAGUCCGGCGUUCCUCGCACCGACAUUGUGAUUUACAACAAGGUGUCUGCGACAAACCCGAACUUUCCGACUAUUUACUCAUCCAAUGAUUUGAUUGAAGCUGGUAAGCUGCUGCUUUUCUGUUUACCGUCGAGAUCUUUGACUAAGUCACCCAGGCUAUGUACAUAUACCUACCUGUCCCCAGACAACUUUGCUCUUUCCGAAGCUACGGUACAGAAUGGUGUCUUGGGUCCCAAUGGCCCUGCAUACAAGGCUAUGGUCAUCACCAGCGACAGCAAUCUUACCGCGGAAGGUGUACACCACAUUCAACAGUAUGCCCGCGCAGGGCUGCCCAUUAUCUUGAGCGGGGGAGAUCCCGGCGUCUACGCAACCCGCGACGGAAGUGACCAACCCACCGUUGAAAAGGCCAUUCAGGAUCUAAAGAAGUCGCGAAAUGUUUAUACUGUCUCGGCGGGCCAAGUCGCGGCCAAGCUUCACAGUCUCGGAAUUCAACCUCAAAUUGCUGUGCAAACAAAUGGCACCUGGUACUCGACCUGGCGCGAAGAUGCUCAGAACGGCAUGGACCACGCAUUUGUAUUCUCUGAAUCCUCUUCGCACGGCACAGUCAGUAUUGCUAGUACCAAAACCCCCUUCAUCCUCGAUCCUUGGACGGGCACGAAGAAGCCCCUCCUUGGCUACAAACGUGACGGCGAAAGAGUGAUCAUUCCUCUCAGCUUCACAGCCAACCAAACCGCUGUAAUCGGCUUCAUCGACAGUGAUGACGGCCCUUCCGAGUCUGCCACACAGUUGCCCUCCACGGUUCUGGGCUACGAUUAUGCACAUGAUACCGGUGCUGUUUUCCGAGUUUCCGACGGCUCAAGCCAGUCUCUUCUUCUCUCAAAUGGUACACGAGUCAGCCUCGGAGACAAAAGUGUCGCUAAGCCUAGUUCACUAUCUCAGUGGAGUCUUAUAGCCGAGUACUGGGAGGCACCGACUAAUCUCUCCAAUGCCGCCAGUAUCGCCACUAAACAUAACACCACCCACCAUCUCUCCUCGCUUGUCUCGUGGACAGAAAUUGAAGGCUUGGGAAAUACUUCCGGUCUGGGGUACUAUACCACAACCGUGAGCUGGCCGCCUUCGCAUGGAUCUGCCGACGGGGCCUAUCUUCUCCUCCCGAGGAUUGAGCACGCCGCACGGGUCUUUGUGAACAAUAAGCGGCUGCCAGGCUUUGACUUUGCAGCCCCGCGGAUAGAUCUGGGCCCAUACCUGCAGCCGGGGGCGAAUCAGGUGGACGUGAUGGUCCCGACCACGAUGUGGAACUAUAUUCGCAGCAUCGCUGGAGAGCUCGAAAGUGCAGGUGUCGGAGUGGAAACUGUCAUGGCGGGUGUUGGGGAAACGACGUUACCUGCGCGCCGCGCAAACGGGCUGAUCGGGAUCGCAACCUUGGUUCCUUACGUCAAUGUGCCGUUGAAUAUGUAG